AUGAUGAUGAAUUCUUCAACAGAUUCCCCUUAAAUAAUGUAGGAUUUGGAUUCUAAACCGUAGUAAGAUUAAAUAUUGAUACUUAAAAUUUAGGAAUCAAUAACUCUAGCCACUAUGUGACACAAUAAUAAGCACAUAAGAAUUUGAAAGUAUAGUGUGGGAUGAGACUUACACAUAUCCAAAACGAAUUAAGACGAAAUUUUAGAUAAAGGUAACUAAAGGAGGCAUUAAAUACACUACUAUUGAUGGAUCUAUUCAUAGAAUGUAAUAAUUUGGAUUAUAUUAAUUUUUAGAGAUGAUUUUACAAAUAUUUAAGAAAACCCAUAAUUUUGGGUCAAUAUGGAAUAGAUUAAAUAUUGUUAAUGGUAAGGAGAAUACUAAGAAAAUAUAAAGAAGAUUGGUAAGUGGACUAUGACAUGGAAUGGAAAUUUAUUAAAAGAUGUUGGAGGAUAGUACUCAGAUAGUGGAUAAAAGAUAGGAUAAUGGAAGGAAAUCAUAAAAAAUUAUUAGAAGUAAAAAUAUCAAUAUUUUAAUAAUAAUAGUUCUGCUUAAGCUUAUGAAAUUGGAAGUUAUUCUAAUAAUGUGAAAACAGGUAUAUGGAAGGUUAUCUAUAAUGAUAAAGAAAUGUUAUUUUAAUAUUUUAUUCUUUUAGUGGUGAAGGAUCAUACAAUGAAUUUGGUGUUAAGAACGGAAAAUGGAUUCAAUUAAAUGAUACUUUUUGGAAGUAGUAACCUUUUUGUUUACUUUAUUAGUUAGAGUUAAGUUACAUUACAUGGUGAAUAUAAAAAUGGUACAAAAGUUGGUUAAUGGGAUAUUUAUUAUCAGGAAGUUGGAAAUUCUAUAUAAAUGUAUUAAUAAAUCAUUUUAUGAAAAAUUUUAAGUGGGGGCGGGGUUUAUGAUUAAUAAGGAGAUGGACUAAGAAAUGGACAAUGGAUCUAGUUGAGUGAAAACUUUCAUAAGUAAUUAUAUAAUGAAAAAAUAUUAUGAUUUCAGAUGGAACCAAAUUACAUACAAUGGUAGGUACUAAUGCGAUAAGAAAGUUGGUAAAUGGGAUAUUUAUUAUGGAUUAGAAUAGAUGUAUAUCAAUAUAAUAAAUAAAAUUUUAUUAAACAUUAGAGGUGGAGGAUAAUAUGAUGAACAAGGAUGCGAAUUAAAAAUUGGUAAAUGGAUUGAGCUGAGUGAAAACUUUAGACUGUACUUACAUUUAACUAUUAGAUAUGAUUAGAAAUAGUCAAGCAAUUUAUGAAGGGGAGUAUUGCAAUGGAAACAAAGUUGGUAAGUGGAAUAUAUAUUUCAGAUUUAAAGGAAAUAAAUUAAUGUAAAUAUUUAGAAUAAAUUGAUAGUGGUGGUGGAUCAUAUGAUAAUGAAGGUUUACAUAAAAUUGGGAGGUGGAUUGAAUUAAGUGAUUGUUAUGAACAGGAUAGAUAAGUCACAUAUCAUGGGGAAUAUCGAAAUGGCAAAAAAGUUGGAAGAUGGGAUAUUUAUUUCGAUAAGAUUAAUAAACAAUAUUUAAUGUAUAUUUUAAGAAUCAAAUUAUAGUGGCGGCGGAUCAUAUGAUGAAGAUGGUUUAUAUAAAAUUGGGAUGUGGGUUGAGUGGAGUGAACAUGAUGGACAUAUCAUAUAUAAUGGUGAAUAUCGAAAUGGUAAAAAAGUUGGAAGAUGGGAUAUUUAUUUCUUUAACAUUAAUAAAAAUUAUUUAAUGUAAAAAUUUAAGUAAACUUUAGUGGUGGUGGAUUAUAUGAUGAGGAAGGGUUAUAUAAGAUUGGAAGAUGGAUUGAGGUGAGUAAUGGUUUUGAAGUUGAUAGAUAAGUCACAUAUAAUGGUGAAUAUAGAAAUGGGAAAAAAGUUGGUAGGUGGGAUAUUUAUUUCAAAUUUGUCGAAAAUAAAUAAAUGUAUGUAUUAAUAAAAUCUUUUUUAGUGGUGGUGGAUUAUAUGAUGAAGAAGGUGAAAUAAAGGUUGGAAGGUGGAUUGAGUUGAGUGAUAAUUUUCAUUAAGGUGAAUAACUCAUUUAUGAGGGAUUUUAUAAAAGAAGUAAAAAAGAAGGAACUUGGGUAUAAAAAAAUAUUCAGCAGAUUUAACCCGCUUGUCUUCUUAACAAUCGAAAAUGA